GUACAGGGGGCACUGGCUCAGGGGACUAGGAGUAGAAGGGCAGCAACACUGGAGGGUCCAGACUCUACUGUUCUACCCCUCAGAGUCACCGGCCCUGCAGAUGAGGGUGGCAACCAGCCCCAUCACUAUUGGCCAUUCAACACUAGUGACCUUUACAACUGGAGCACCCAGAAUGCUCCCUUUUCUGAAAAUCCUAAGGAGCUUAGUAAUUUAUUAGAAACUGUCUUAUUCACACACCAACCCACUUGGGAUGAUUGUCAUCAAUUAUUACUGGUCCUGUUCAUCAAAGAGGAAAGGGAACAUACAACAGAAGCCAGGAAGUUAAUUCCUGGCAAUACUGGCGUCCCUACUAUUGACCCAACAUUUAUUGAUGCUGCCUAUCCACUAACCUGGCCUGAUUGGGAUUAUAAUGCUGCAGAAGGUAAGGGGAGGCUUCUGGUUUACUGCCAGGCUCUGUUAGCAGGUCUCAAAGCGGCUGCUCGUAGGCCAACUAAUUUGGCAAAUGUAUACGAUAUUAGUCAGGAACUAAAUGAAAGCCCAGUUGCAUUCUUGGAGCAAUUAAUGGAUGCCUUCCAGAGGUACACUCCAUUAUAACCAGAGGCCAAAGAUAAUUUAGCAGCAGUAGCCAUGGCUUUUGUUAACCAGUCAGCUCCGGAUAUAAAGAAAAACCUCCAAAGAGUGGAGAGACUGGGUGAGAAGAGCUUAAGGGAUUUGAUAACUGUGGCUGAGAAAGUGUACAAUAAUAGGGAUAGUGCAGAGGAAAAACAGAUAAAGGCAAAAAGGAGGCAGAACAAGGACCAGGGAAGGAUCCUGCUGGCUGCUACUGUGGAUCCAGAGGACCGGCAGAGGCGUCUUAGACAAAUAGUGUCAGGGAAAGGAGGUAAGGAAGACUUUCAGAAAAGAGGGAGAUCUCAACUAGGGAAAAAUCAGUGUGCAUAUUGUAAAGAAGAAGACCAUUGGGCUAGAGAAUGCCCCAAUAAGAAAGGGCCUGCCAAGGUACUCAACUGUGGGACAGGAGAUAGUAACUAGGGGAGAUGGGGUUUGGCCCCCCUCCCCAAACAUAAGGUAACCCUAAAGUUGGAGGGGAAACCCACCAGUUUUUUGGUGGACACAGGAGCCCAACACUCAGUGCUCCUCAAGUCCGAUGAUCCCCUGUUAAACAAAGUAUCAUGGGUCCAGGGGGCUAUGGGAAUGAAACAAUAUCCAUGGACUACCCAAAGAACAGUGGAUUUGGGAAUGGGCCGGGUAUCCCAUUCUUUUAUGGUCAUACCAGAAUGCCCAUACCCCUUGCUGGGGCGGGAUUUGUUGACAGAAUUAGGAGCCCAGAUACAUUUCUUGUCAGAAGAUACUCGAAUAUUAGACAAAUCAGGAGAGCCCGUCCUUGUGUUGACCACUACCUUGAUGGAUGGAUAUCAUUUAUAUGAACCCACCCUGACACCAGAUUCAGCCAUUGAGGCUUGGAUGGAGAGGUUCCCCUCAGCCUGGGCCGAAACCGGAGGGUUGGGGUUAGCUAAACAUCGGGCUCCAAUCUUUGUGGAACUAAAACCAGGCAUUGAUCCUGCCAGAAUUCAUCAGUAUCCAACAUCCUUGGAGGCCUGA